AUGGCGACAGACAAAUGGCCGGCCAAAGAUAUUGCGUAUUUGGCUGUGAUCGGACCAUUCAUGCUAGCAGCAGUUUUCGAGUGGCUCCUUUGGCUCGCAGCAUUCCUCUUUUGUCUGGUCAAAGUGUAUCAAAAGGCUGAUCACUGGAGCAUCAAAUUCCUGGCAGCUGUCAUGGCGGUCCUGUUCACUUUGCUACGUUUGGCCUUCCUUCCGGUCAUGCUCUUCACAUUACCGCUACCCGCCCGAGCAGCACAAUAUUUCCCGCAGGACGUCGUUAAUGCCUUUCAAUUGUUCGCGUUUUGGUCUUUUUCGAUUCUCCUGAUCGGUCCCUGGCUUUUCUGUGUAUACGGGCUCGUUGUGAAUUCGAUUGGGCGAAAGAAAAGGAUCCAGGAGGCCUUGGAUGAUCGUACUGCUCCCAAGACGGUCGUGGUGAUGCCGGUCUACAAGGAAGAGCCUGACGUACUGAUCAAGGCAAUCGACUCGGUAGUUGACUGCGAUUACCCGGCAUCUUGCAUACAUCUCUUUCUCUCUUGGGACGGCCCCAUUGUGGAUGAGACAUACAUGCGCAUCGUUGAGUACCUUGGCCUUCCAGCAUCCCAGAAAAGAUAUCCUCAAAGCAUCGACGUGAUUUACAAGAACGCUCGUAUCACUGUUUCCCGCUUCAAGCAUGGUGGUAAGAGGCAUUGCCAAAAGCAAACCUUCAAGCUCAUCGACAAAGUCUACAAAGAAUACUUGAAGAGACAUGACGAUCUUUUCGUCCUAUUUAUCGACUCCGAUUGCAUUCUCGACCAGGUCUGUCUACAGAAUUUCAUGUAUGAUAUGGAGCUGAAGCCGGGAAACAAGCAUAAUAUGCUUGCGAUGACGGGUAUUAUUACUUGUACCACUGGUAAAAACAGCCUCUUGACGAUCAUCCAAGAUAUGGAGUAUAUUCACGGGCAGCUUUUCGAGCGCACGGUUGAAUCCGGCUGUGGAGCGGUGACUUGUCUACCAGGUGCACUCACUAUUUUGCGGUUUUCUGCAUUUCGACGAAUGGCUAAAUACUAUUUCGCUGAGAAGGCCGAGCAGUGCGACGACCUAUUCGAUUUCGGCAAAUGUCAUCUUGGCGAGGACCGGUGGUUGACCCAUCUGUUCAUGAUUAGUGCGAAGGGACCAUACCAGAUUCAGAUGUGUACGGGUGCCUUCUGCAAGACCGAAGCAGUACAGACGUUCUCAAGUCUUUUGAAACAACGUCGCCGUUGGUUCCUGGGGUUCAUUACCAAUGAGGUCUGUAUGAUCACUGACGUGCGGUUAUGGAUGCGAUAUCCGCUAUUGUGCUUGGUUCGGUUCAUGCAAAAUACGAUCCGUACGACGGCGCUAUUAUUCUUUGUCCUGAUCAUUGCCUUGGCCACAACAUCGAAGCAUGCAUCCGAUCUGCCAGUGGGCUUCAUUGGAGUCUCGCUCGGGCUGAACUAUCUUCUCAUGUUCUACUUCGGGCUCCAAUUGAAGCGUUAUAAAGCCUGGCUAUACCCCAUCAUGUUCAUCAUAAACCCAGUGUUCAACUGGAUCUACAUGAUGUAUGGAAUUUUCACUGCAGGUCAGCGGACCUGGGGCGGCCCACGAGCGGAUGCUGCAGCUGCCGAUGAGAAUACUUCCCCCGAGGAAGCUGCUGAGUACGCCCGGGAACAAGGUGACGAGCUCAAUGUUAAUGUGGAUACAUUUCGCACCAACCUCCACCGUCGGCGAUCUGUUCCGAUCCGUCCCCCAGAGCGCAUUGAAGGACGAUUUACCCCAGCCGCGCAGCUCCUUGAUGGCUUCUACACUCAUGCCGAGGGAAAUUCGCUCCCUGAUAUGCGUGGCCUUAUGGCUCCCCGGAUGCCUGGGACAUUCCGAGACUCACUUGAGUCCGUUCUCAGUGCAUCAUCUGAUGGUGGUCACCCUAACCCAAUGGCAGUAACUCGCAACAUGGAAAGGUUGAUGAGCGAGGAGGAUCAGCAAAAGCUGUCUGAUGCCAGACAGUCUGGAUUUGCGAGUGAUGUCGUUUAA